AUGGUCACCUCCGCUGCCGCAGUCCACUCCAACGCUUCUUCAUCCUCAGCCAUGAUCGGGGACACAGAUCACGCUGGCGACAAUACCACUUUGGCUCUGAGACACUCCCUAUACCUACCGCUUGAUCAAGAACAGCAGGAAAUCCGCAUACUUACAUUGCACGCCGGCGGUAAUGACACGCCAAUCGAAGCGACGCUAGAAUCUACGUGCUUCUCGAAUGCCGGCUCGUUCAUCGCUUUUUCAUACUGCUGGGGCUCUCCUGAUGACGGGUUAGAAGAGGUCAUUCUUGAUGGCCACGCAGUUGGCAUUCGGCGGAAUCUCUGGCUUUUUUUACGAAAUUUUCGAUCUGUCAGAGGUUCGAGCAGGCUUUGGAUUGACUACCUGUGUAUUGACCAAUCGAAUGUCCAGGAGCGCAACCAUCAAGUAAGGUUGAUGGAAAUAAUCUUCAGCACUGCACACACCGUUUAUGCUUGGCUCGGAGAAGCUGAUUCUGAGACCGACGACGCCAUAGCUUACAUCAAAAUCGCAUUGAGCAUUCCACGCCGUUCCCGUCCCAAGGAAAUCCCUCCAGAUGUACGGAGACGAGGUUUAAGAGCCAUGAAAUUGCUUACCAAGUCCAAGUACUGGAGUCGCGUUUGGAUCAUUCAGGAGGUGCUUCUCGCACGAAAAGUUGUCCUCAUGAUUGGAGACAAAAUCAUCGACUGGGAGCAUCUUCAGAACGUCUUUACUGCAGGGGUGGCUCCAAAUCUGUCGCAUCAGCGCAAAAGCACGGAGACCAGUGCGUCACAACGGAAUUUUCGUCAUAUCUGGGAGCUCAAACAGAUACAUCGCAAGGUCUGGGACCUUUAUAGCCUGCUUGACAGAUUUCGCUUUGCUCAUUGCCAUGAUCCGAGAGACAGACUCUAUGGGCUGCUCGGUCUCACAUCUGAGUCUGUCCGCUCAAAAGCGGUGAUCGACUAUUCUUUAACUCUCAUGGAAGUCUGCGCAGCAAACGUGCAGACUAUGCUCAGUGAACACGGAACGACGCACAAUCUUCGGUAUGUACAUGGCGCCUUUUCUAUUGUCAGCGGCAACAGAGAGAAUAUGUUGCGAGCAUUUAAAGAUAGAUCCCUACUUUCUCGGGUGGGAAACCCUGUUGUGGUCGCAGCGUAUCAAAUACCCUGGGUGGAGAGGGAUGUGAAAACUGUUGUUGGGUUCAGCCUUGCGCAGAAUGAGUACGUACAACUGACGUCGGCGAAUGAGGCGUUAUACUACGACUUAUAUCUGACGAUUCUUCAUGAGAAGUUGCGCCAGCAGACACAUGUCUACUGUACAACUACUCAUUGUCGAGAGUGGAACAACGUGCUCGAAUUGACUGCACACGAGUUUACUGCACUGGAGUCUAGGGUGAUUUUGCCAGUCCGAAAGAAAGCAGGAUCACUCGAAAUCAUAGAAAUCGGAGGUCAUGCCAAAUAUAAAAAAGACAGUGAUGGCAUUGUUGGGAUAUGGCCCUCGGACUGGCUCGUGGGGAAAGUUCCUGAUGCACAAUGCUCACCUCUAGAUCGAGGUGCGCCCGAUCUUCCCUGGCUCAAGCCAAAAUGGGAUGUACAGCUCAAUAGUUCGGCACUGAUGGAGAUAAUGCGGAUCAUGGAGUCUGGUAAGAGAUGGAAUCUCCGAGAUCUAAAUCUCCCUCUGUCUCUGUGGAAGGAUCAUCUUCAGGAAGAUCCAGAUGUCUAA